UUAUACCUCCCUGUCAGAAGGACCGAAUCGUUCACGCGUUGAACUGUUUCUAGCAUCUGUAGACUGGGACUCGUUGAAACAGUAUGCGACCAAGCGGCGCAACGGAGUUAGCUACCAGCUCCUUCCUGAAGUUGGCCUUAGCUGGAACCAUAAGGUACGGAUCCUCGAGUUUGAAGAUAGUACGCGGCGGGAGAUGGCAGAGUGUGCGCUCCGUCGUCACCGCGCACCGACAUCCGCCCCUGUCACGUGACGUUGCGCAGCCCCUGUAUCGCCGCACAGGCGAUAUGCGGAAGGGCUGCCUGCAUGCAGACGCAGCUAAAAUUGUAUAGAAAGUAUUGCCGUAACCGGCUUACGUCACCCACCGCUGGGUGACCUGAGCCUGCGUAGUGCCUGAGGCACCAUACCUACGGCAGGUGCCGCUGUGGAUGCCUGAGCAUCAACAUUUCCCCCUUUCUCUUCUGUACAUAGAA